CAAGACUGACGUCAAAAAAUGAAACCCAAGACCGACAUAACCGUGUCUCAUACCCAAAUUAUAUAAACGAAACAUUUUAUAAUCAAACCAGUUGCGUGUUUGGUUAUCUUUUCUUUCGUGUAACCUAAAUUAAGGGAUUUGUUCUAACAAAUCUCUCUAGAAUCCAAACGAAGAAUCCCGUCUCUCUUCUUCUUCUCGGGAAGAUCAGAAAACAAGUUUUUGUGAAACAUUUCAUCCUCAAGCUUUGAAGAUCGCAGGAAAAUUUCUGGGUUUGAUCUGACCGUUUCAGGUGAAGAAGAAAGGAUUUUAAAAGACAACAACAACAGCAAAAAUGAGCUCUGAGCAAAACAACAGCACAAGCUUCCCACCAACAGAGCCAAAGCUCUGCGAUAACGGAUGUGGAUUCUUCGGGUCACCCUCCAACAUGAACCUCUGUUCCAAAUGUUACCGAAGCCUCCGUGCCGAGGAAGAUCAAACCGCAGUAGCGAAAGCUGCGGUGGAGAAAUCACUAAAGCUUCCAUCUUGCAGUCUCAUCACCACACCAGAGCCAAAACAGCCUCUGGAGACCACACCAGCAGCCUCUGUGGAAACCGUCGUGAUUGCUGAGCCGUCUUCUGUUCCUCCUGUAGCUACGGGACAGGAUGAGGGAGAGCCGUCGAAACCCGCACGACCGAACAGGUGUUUCAGCUGUAACAAGAAGGUUGGAGUUAUGGGGUUUAAGUGCAAAUGCGGGAGCACGUUUUGCGGGAGCCAUAGGUACCCGGAGAAGCACGAGUGUAGCUUCGAUUUCAAAGAGGUCGGACGCGGUGCAAUCGCAAAAGCGAAUCCUGUGAUCAAGGCGGAUAAAGUCCAGAGGAUUUAAUAUGAUGUGUUCUGUCUAUCUUUCAGUUUAUUCCGAGAAUGCUGAUGUGAUGUGAUCAUGUUCGAUGCUGGGUUUCUAAGAAUCAAAAUGAAAAUUGCUGCUUAUUGGUUUUCUCAUGAAUCUUUUCUUUUAGUGUUUUCAAGUCUAUUGAAAUGGAGUCUCUCUUUGCUGCUCGUAUAACAUCUGUAAAACUAGACACCUUGAGAUUGAUUCUGCUAGCUUCUUGGUUAUGUUUGGAUUCACAGCUUGACAGAGAUGAGUCAAGAGAUUAGUGCCUUCGUUGUUGAAUCCCAUGUUACAAGAUAAAAUGAGGGUCUCAGUCAGUUAGAUGUAUUAUGUCGAUGAGUCAUCAGAUAACAGAUGUGACUCGUGUUGGAGAAGACAAUACAACUUGGAAAAUGGAAAUAGAUUUUUGAGUUUAGUUCUUCAUUUCGUUGUCAAGUGAACAACCAUACAUUCUAAUGCAUAUGGACAACUUAUUAAUUGUAAUAAGUUGCCUAUUACUUUUGGAGAAGUUUUUUUUUAUCAUACUAGAGAGUAUAAAGACAAUCAGUGGUGUCCGUGAAUAAUUAGACCUGCCUAAAGGGUUUAGCCGGAAAAAAAAAACAUGUACCUCUACGUAAAGGAACGUCCAAAAGAGAGUUAAUGGGGUGAUAAACAAGAUCUCUAUCCAAAGCUGGGAAAGAUAAAUUU